AUGCACAGGGCGCACUACGCGCUCUGGGAGCGAUGCCAGAAGUUCGUCCACGACGUCUGCUUGGACCGAGGCCCCUCCCACGGCUACACCCACAUGAACCGCGUCACCGAACAGGCGAUUUUGCUUUACCACCUGAACGCCGAUUCGCGCGAGGCGAACCCCGAAUCGACCUUUGAUUUGUACGCGAUUAUUCUGGUCGCCAUGCUGCACGACGUGGCGGACCACAAGUACGACUCGGACGGUGUUCUGGCCCUACGUUUGCUCGACUUCGUCACCGACGAGGUCGCGCAGUGGAUUCAGCUCGCCCACGACCCGCUAGGCUUCCUACUCGCCUCCAACGCCCAGCCCCUGGGGGUCCUCCAAGCCGUCCUAACGAACCCCGCGAGGAUCUUCGCCGAGGACGAUGCGGCGAUGCUCCGCCAGCAGAGCCUGAGCGACCUGCUGGAGACCAUCUUCAGCACCAUCAAGGCCGUCUCCUACUCCGUGGAAAAUAAGAAAGGGAUGGGGUGGUUUAAGAAGGUCCUGCCGCCCCGCUGGCUGGCGAUUCGAAACGUCGUCAGCGAUGCCGACAAGCUCGACGCGCUCGGGGAGGACGGGUUGAUGCGGUCCUACGCGUAUGUCUGCGAAACGUACCAGGAAAAAUGCUUCACGCGGCCCUCGAAUUCCCCCGGGGAGAAGCCAAUCAGCCCGGAGAAGAAGGCCGCGAUCAUGCGGCUUUUUUUCGACGAGGUGCGCACCCACUUCCGGGAUAAGUUGUCCCGCCUCCCGUCGCUUUUUAUCGUGACCUCGGCGGGGAAAUUCCUCGCGACCUCGCGCUACGAAGCGAUGGUCACGGUCUUGGAGGACUGGGAGCUAAACGGGCCACCCCCGAUCGAGCUGUAUUGGCCAACGGUCGACCUGGAUUGGGUGGAUUAG